GACAGCGGCCUAUAAAACUGGGUGUUAGUGCAGGUCAAAUGGCAACACUGAAGAAGGAUCUGCCAGGAAAAGAUGGGGCAGAUUAUCCUGCUGUGUGCGCUCUCAGCUUGUCUCUCGGCUGUCAAUGCUCAGAAAUUUUUACUCAGUCCCAAAUGGAUACCUGUUGGUUUCAGGGAGCCUGAAGGAAAAAAAGAGGGCACUGCAAUGGAUCAAAUAAUUAAAGUCAAUGAGUUUCAUGGUUCCCACGUCAUUGACGGUUCCACCACCCUCAGAGAGGGAGAUAUUGCUGUGUCCACUGGAAGGCGCUCAAAGAUCUGCUUCGCCCGUAGCUGCCUCUGGUCCAAAUCUGUGGAUGGACACGUCUACGUUGCCUACACACUCUCACCUGAUUACUCUGACAUCGAGACAAAGCUGAUAAAGGAGGGAAUGGACAACAUAGAGGACAGCACCUGUAUCCGUUUUGUUCCACGAAUUCACCAAAGAGACUACAUCGACAUCCAGCCAAAGUCAGGAUGUUGGUCCUACCUUGGCUCUCGUGGAGGAAAACAGACCCUGUCGCUCCAGAAUCCAGACUGCAUGAAUAUCGGAGUGAUUUCCCAUGAGUUUAUGCAUUCCCUGGGCUUUGUGCAUGAGCAGUCCCGCUUUGACCGCGACAACUAUGUCACCAUCAUGUGGCCGAACAUUUGGAGAGAUCGAGUAAGAAACUUUGAGAAGUUUAAGACAGAAAAUCUGGACCUGCCGUAUGACUUUGGCUCAAUUAUGCACUUUGGGAUGUAUGCCUAUUCAAUGGCCGGAGAACCAACCAUCGUCCCAAAGAACGGCAGGAACGUUAAGCUCGGCCAGGCAUCGUCUCUCAGUCAAGUUGACAAGCUAAAAAUCAACAGGCUUUAUCAAUGUGCUGUGAAUGAUGAUUAGAACCUGAACCAAGACGAGGUGAAGCAGGAAUCCUCUGAAAGCAGACGUGAUAAACUGCUGCUGAAACAUCUUCAUACAAUCUCAUAAUAUUUAGGCCUUGUUUUGUGGAGCUGUACUUGUAUUUGUUUGAGUGAGACAUGUAACUUUAUAUUUAAUGUUUUAGUAGACAGAAUUGGCAUAUAUCUUUCCUGUUGUACAGUGAAAGAUGAAAUGAAAGUUAUUGCCUUGUUUUAAGUAGUCACUUAAUAUCCCUGUUCACUUCCUGCAAUAAAGAUGUUAAA